ACAUUUUUCACAGACCCAGCAAAAUGAUUCCCAUAGAUAUCGUCUCUCUUUCCAUUCUUCUCCCGCACUCGUGGGUUGUUUAUCUGAUCCACUAUCUCUGUUUUCUCACUCUCUCAAACUUUCUCACUUUUGACCACGGCCAGUCUUCCCUACCAAAAAAAAGCUAAACUAUUCGCUCAGUUUGUCUUCUCAUCAACUCAUGGUACGCUUAUCUCUUUGCUUUAAAAAAAUCUGAUCUUUGAAUCUCAUGCCCAUGAUCUGUAUGCUUGUAUUCAGCACAGUGUGCUAAGGUUGCUUUUUGUUUCUCUUCUUUGAAAAAUAGAGUACAAUUAGAUCCCAAAGUUUUUCUGAUGCUAAGAAGGCCUUACUCAACGUAAGUUUAACCCUAGAAAAAAUCAAACCCACUUCACUCUUUAGGAUGCUCUAAGAUGCUAUUUGGGAAUCUGGGUUUGCUGUAUUUGGGAGUAAAGUUGCAAAUUUUGAGAAGUUUUGGAAUUCGAAAUUGUUGUGUGUGUGGAAAGGGUUUUAUUGGAAUUGGAAUAGCAGAAAACAAAACACCCAGAAGAUAGCUUUUGAUUUGGUUUUGUUGUGAAAGAUGCAAUCUAGGGUAGGGCCAAUGGAGGAAGGCAAGGACCCUACUGUUACAGCUAGAACAACUCAAUCUAGGGUUUUCCCACAAAGGCUGCUUCAGUUUCUUGCGCAAUUCCUGUUAUUGUGUAUUUGCUUUUCAGUAAUUAGUAUCUACAUGAUUCGGUAUUUCGGAGUUAAUAAUGCUGUGGCAGUGGCUACAGCACUGCCAAGUUUCCAACCAUGUGUCGUCGAGGAGCCUACUAGUUUAGAACAAUGGAUCAAGCCUCCAUCGAAUUUGCUUCACAAAAUGACAGACAAAGAGCUCUUGUGGAGGGCAUCUUUUACCUCGCGAGUAAAGAAGUAUCCAUUCGAGAGAGUUCCAAAGAUUGCAUUCAUGUUCUUGACUAAGGGGCCAUUGCCAUUGGCACCUCUUUGGGAAAGGUUUUUAAAGGGGCACGAGGGGCUAUAUUCGAUCUAUAUUCAUUCACUGCCGUCGUUCCAAGUUGAUUUCCCUUCCUCCUCGGUUUUCUACAGGAGACAAAUACCAAGCCAGCUAUCAGAAUGGGGAAAGAUGAGUAUGUGCGAUGCCGAGAGAAGACUUCUUGCUAAUGCAUUGCUUGAUAUCUCCAAUGAGUGGUUUGUGCUUCUCUCCGAAUCGUGCAUUCCUCUCUACAACUUCAGUGUCAUCUACCAUUACAUCAAGAAAUCCAAAUAUAGCUUCAUUGGCGCAUUCGAUGACCCCGGGCCAUAUGGGAGGGGGCGUUAUAACCAGAACAUGGCACCCGAGGUCAACGUUAUGCUGUGGCGUAAAGGGUCACAAUGGUUUGAAAUUAACCGAAAGCUUGCAGUUUACAUUGUCGAAGACACGACGUUUUACCCAAAGUUUGACAAGUUCUGCAAACCCGCGUGCUACGUGGACGAGCAUUACUUUCCAACCAUGUUGACGAUUCAAGCGUCAAAUCUCUUGGCAAACAGAAGCAUAACUUGGGUGGACUGGUCGAGAGGUGGAGCCCACCCGGCUACCUUUGGAAGAGCAGAUAUCACUGAGGAGUUCUUGAAGAAAGUUUUUGAAGGUCACAGCUGCCUCUAUAACAACCAGCCAUCUUCAGUGUGCUUUCUUUUUGCAAGAAAAUUUGCUCCAAGCGCCUUGGAACCUUUAUUGCUAGUAGCACCCAAGUAUUUUGGUUAUUGAUAUUUCAAUGAGGACACGGAAUUUUUCAAGUGAUGGUAGGAAACGCUCCGAGGGGUCCUCCUUGGUUUACAUUCAAUGAACUCUCCACUGAAUGACUUUGGUACUUAAGAUUCAUUCUUGGUGCCUAGCAUGUUGUGAGUUGCUGUCAUUGUGAUCUAGGUUGUUUCUGUUGUAUAAUUCUCGGCACUUGCAGCAUCAUCCACAGUCGAUUUUUUUUGGAUGUACAAAUACUAGGAAUUGAAUUGAGUGUCAUAAAUCGUAUUCUUGUAUUGGAGGCCAGAGAUUCAAAUUCUUGUUGGGAGGUCAGAGCCUCUUCUUGUAGUUACAAAAGUUGUAAUAGGCCACAUUUUCUCUUGAGGGAAUUGGAGUGCAGUUGGAAGCGAGUAUUGAGAGAGAGCGCUUGAGUUUUGAUUGUCUGCCACGGUUGCCCUUUUUUGGUCAAUACCAGGUUAUGUUGUGAAAUUU